CCACACCAGCACAAUUUUUCCUCAGUUUUCAUUCACCACUUCUCUCUCGCAAAUGUCAGACCAUCUGUUCAACAACAUCUCUCUCGGCGGCCGUGGAGGAACCAAUCCAGGGCAGCUUAAAGUUCAUUCAGAUGGGAUUGUAUGGAAGAAGCAAGGAGGUGGCAAGGCAGCUGAAGUUGACAAAAACGACUUGCAGAGCCUUACUUGGAUGAAGGUUCCUCGUUCUAAUCAACUUGGUGUUCGGACUAAAGACGGUCGUUAUUAUAAGUUCACUGGUUUUCGAGAUCAGGAUGUUGCAAGUCUUACUACAUUUUUCCAAUCGAAAUUUGAGAAAACACCGGAGGAGAAGCAGCUCUCUGUUAGUGGAAAGAACUGGGGAGAAGUCGAUUUAAAUGGGAAUACACUUUCUUUCCUUGUGGGUGCUAAACAAGCUUUCGAGAUAUCCCUAGCUGAUGUGGCGCAGACCCAACUUCAAGGAAAAAAUGACGUCAUUUUAGAAUUCCAUGUAGAUGAUACAACUGGGGCCAAUGAGAAAGAUUCAUUAAUGGAAAUAAGUUUCCACAUCCCAAAUUCGAACACCAAUUUUAUUGGGGACGAUAAUUGCCCUUCUGCUCAGGUGUUCCGAGACAAGAUUGUCUCGAUGGCAGAUGUUGUAGGGGGUGAAGAAUCUGUUGUUACUUUCGACGGAAUCGCCAUACUCACCCCUAGAGGACGGUACAAUAUUGAGCUUCAUCUCUCAUUUUUGCGCCUCCAAGGACAAGCAAACGACUUCAAAAUCCAAUAUAGCAGUGUCGUUCGUGUUUUUUGGUUGCCUAAGUUCAAUCAACCACAUACCUUUGUGGUUGUUACUCUUGACCCGCCAAUUCGGAAGGGCCAAACAUUAUAUCCGCAUAUUGUGAUGCAGUUCGAGACAGAUGCUAUUAUAGACACCACCUUAUCGAUGGAUAAAGACCUAUACAGUGCCAAAUAUAAGGACAAGCUUGAACUUGAACAUAAGGGACUCACGCAUGAGAUUUUUAUUACAAUUCUCCGCGGUUUGUCGGGCGCCAAAGUUACGAAACCUGGAAAAUUCCGUAGUAAUCAGGACGGUUACGCAGUAAAGUCGUCGCUCAAAGCUGAAGAUGGAGUUCUUUAUCCUCUCGAAAAGAGCUUUUUCUUUUUACCCAAACCACCUACUCUGAUUCUCCACGAAGAGAUUGACUAUGUGGAGUUUGAGAGGCAUACAGCUGGAGGUUCGAAUAUGCAUUACUUCGAUCUUCUCAUUAGACUUAAGACUGAGCAGGAGCACCUUUUCCGAAACAUUCAGAGAAAUGAGUACCAUAAUCUUUUCGAAUUUGUAACUAUGAAAGGUCUAAAGAUCCUCAAUUUGGGGAGUGCCAAGCCGACAGAUGUAGUUACAUCUGUUCUACAGGAUGCUGUUGAUGAUGCUGUGGACCCACAUCUCGAGCGGAUCAAGAACGAGGCCAUUGGAGAUGACAGUGAUGAGGAGGAUGAGGAUUUCGUUAUUGAAAAAGACGAUGCAGGCUCCCCAACUGAUGACUCUGGUGAAGGAGAAUCUGAUGCCAGUGCCAGUGGAGAUGAGAAAGAGGCACCACUAGCGAAGAAAAUGAAGAAAGAGCCUUCUGCUCCAAAGGCGUCAUCAUCAUCUUCGAGUAAGAAAAAAGCUAAAGAGGAAGAUGGAUCAAAGAAGAAGAAACCGAAGAAGAAAAAGGAUCCAAAUGCGCCAAAGAGGGCAAUCAGUGCCUUUAUGUUCUUCUGCCAAACCGAAAGAGAGAAUGUGAAGAAGAGUAAUCCCGGGAUUUCCUUUACAGACUUGGGGAAAGAACUCGGGGAUAGAUGGAAUAAGAUGACAGGUAAUAUUAGCUGAGGACAAAUCUCCAUACGAAGCAAAAGCUCGGGAAGACAAGAAACGUUACAGUGAAGCGAUCAGUGACUAUAAGAACGUUGAAUCCGCUGAUAUCACUCGCGGUGUUUAGGUUUUUUUUUUUUCGUUCUUCAUAUUAUUAGAUCUCAUAGAAACACAAUCACUCUUGAGAGAUACAUACAUGUUUUUUUGGUUUCAAUAAAGAAAGAAUGAUGGUGCUGAUAUAAUGUAUCAUGUUAUUACCAAAUUUAUUUAUUUUAUUUUUACUUUUUU